AUGAGAAUUUAUGAGGAAGAUGAAAAUAUGUUUGCGGGGGGUAGGAGUAUGAUGUCAUCGACUGUCGUUUAUUUUAUGACUUUGCUGAUAUUUAUGACUCAUCCGGAAUGUAAUCAAGAAAAACUAUUUAAAGUUAAAAUAACAACAACAAAAAUGCCUUUUCAGGAAAUUUCCUUUUGGUUGACUUUCUUAAAAGCUUUUGAAAAUUGA